AGGGCGAAUCGAACAAUACAACAAAAGAAAAAACAAGAGAAAAAUCAUAAAAUUAUCAACCAAACCUCAAUUCAAGGAAAAGAAUCAGAUUCCAAAAACUGUUUCUUCGUUCGAUUACAUCUAAUUGUCAAUUCGUAAAUCUAGAAAAAUCCCCAAAUCUUUGAGUUUUUUUCAUAUGAUUAAUCGUCAAUGUAAAGAGUUACUGGCUCUACUUUCAAUUAGAUUUGCGAUUUGAUUUUUGAUUUUUGACUUUUGGUUGGGAUUUUUGGUUUUGGUGGUGUUUUGGAGUAAUGAACGAGCACGGAAAAAUGAUGAAUCAACAACAGAGGAUGAGUAUGAGUCAAAACCAAAUGAUAAGUAUGAGUCAGCCACAGAUCUUGAAUCCACAGCUUCAACAACAACAACAGCAGCAGCAGCCACAGAUGAUGAAUCGGAACUAUAUGAUGUGGCCGCAGCCGCCUCUGCCUCCGCCGUCGGUGGAUCAGCUCAAAUUUCAGAACCCUAAUCAUAAUCUGAAGCAAUUUGUUACUGGAAAGCGUUCGAAACCCUUGGGUCCUCGGAACAAUUGGAAGGGUAAAAAGGUAAAUAAGAACGACAAGAGAAUGGUUGGAACUAGCGGAGGCGGUAGUAGUAGCAUUGCUGGAGGAAAUGUUGGAAGUCAAGGCGGAUAUAAGCCGCCUACGUUAAACGAUUUGCAGCAACAGAACCGAUUAAAAGCCAGGAGGUUUUUCCCUAAGAAGAAAUUUUAUCAUAAUAAUAAUAACAAUAACAUGACUGCACCAUAUGCGCCUCGGAACACGUCUUCCUAUAUUAUUAGGGCUAAAAAGAGUGGUGGUAUUACUUCUUUGGUGUCCCCUUGCCCUGUGACUCCUGCUGUGUUGCCAACGCCAAUGUUCUCUCCGUCCAGGGAAGUUUUAGUUGAUAUGGCUAAAGAGGAGUGGGGAGUGGACGGGUAUGGAUCGAUGAAUGGAUUGAUUAGACUGAGGUCACCAGGUCAUGAGGCAGAAGGUCAUGAGGACGAGGAAGAAGAGGAGGAAGGAUCAAGUGAGAGUGAUGUGGAAGAACAUGUGGAGGUGGAAAGACGGUUGGAUCAUGACUUGAGUAGGUUUGAGAUGAUUUACCCAAACUAUAGCGGGAUGGAGUAUAACAAUGUGUUGGGAAACCGCGUGGAUGAUCAGGAUACCCAUAUUGCUCAAUUGGAGGAAGAAAACUUGAUUUUGAAGGACAGAUUGUUCCUGAUGGAGAGGGAGUUGGGUGAUUUGAGGAGGAGGUUGCAAAGUCUUGAGAGGCAGGGCCAUGGUUAUGACGAGAUGAAUGAGGAGCUUGUGGAGAAUGAGUCUGAGAGUGAGACUCAGAGUCAUGGGGAUGGUCAUUCAUUGGAGGAUAACGAUGUUGAAAUGAUUGAAAGGCCCAUGGAAGUUGGGAAUGUGAAAGGGAAAGAAGAGGAUAGAAUUGAGGAUGACUCAGAGUUUGCAGAAAACAAAGAGAGUGUUGGAAAAGAAGGCCAACAGGUCAGUGAUAAUUGUGAUGAUGAAGCUGCUGAGAAGGGAUCUGAUAAAGUGGAAGGAGGAGUUGAACAGGUUGAUGGUAAUUGUAAUGAUGAAGCUGCUGAAAAGGAAUCCGAUCAAGUGGGAAAAGAAGAUGAAAACGAUGAUGGAUAUGGUAUGGUUGAAGUCCUUCAAAAGGAAAUCAUUGCUAAUGUUGGAAGCAAGAGUGAACUGAAUGAAGAUGCAGCCGUGAAAACUGGGAAUGAGGUUCAGUUUACUCAAUUGAACAAGUACACUGAAAACGAGGUUCAGGCAUCAGGUAGUGCAAGUGUUGUAGAUGUUCCCAUGGAGGAGGCUUGUAGAGUGGAUGCUGAUACUAUUUCCCAUACAAAGGAAGAGGAUGAAUUGCCAGGAGAUAAAUAAUCAGGGAAGAGCAUUUGCGAUGGUGACUUGUCUAAGUUUCCCUCGUCAAUGCAAGUCUCCUCUGGGAAGCUCUCAUGUUGACUUGUGUGAUUUUUUGUUAUCAUUCUCGGUAUACCUCUUCUGCAGUACAUAGUGUAGUGUUUUUUUGACAGUGUGAAAGAGGAUCAAAUCUUCCUGUUGUGAGUUCAACCUUAUAAACUGCUAAUGUAGUAUUCUUCUUUAGAUAUUCUCAACUUGUUUUACUGUUUAUUUUUUGCAGCUCUUUGUAGGAGGUAAUAGGUGUUUGGACUUUGGAUAGGUAAGUAGUGUACCUUGUGACAGAGAUACAGCUAUGUAAUAAUCUUUUCUUAAUUGAAUUUAAUAUUUUCAUAUAAA